CGAAAAAUUAUUUCUGCUAUUCAACCCACAUUUUCAAUUGUAUGACAAUGAUAAUAAAACGACGUGGAAGCCUGUUGAGCUGUUGCUACUAAUAUAAGUUGUCAUUGGUAUACUCUCUGAGGGGAAGCAAAAAGUUGUGCGAGGGAGACUUGGUACUUUGUAGUUUGCAGGAGCUAAGCUGAAGAAGGAUGGAAGUGAAGGAUCUUGAAUAUUUGAUGGUUCCGCUUGGUUUUGCGGUGCUGGUGAGCUACCAUCUCUGGCUAAUAAUUACCAUUUAUAGGAGGCCUAAAAGAACAGUAAUCGGAAUCAACGCUGAAUCCCGCCGGCAAUGGGUCUCAACCAUGAUUUCAGACCCUACAAAGAAUGGUGUUCUCGCGGUUCAAACCAUACGAAACAACAUCAUGGCUUCUACACUUAUGGCUACAACGACGAUCACCAUUGGCUCAUUGAUCAGUGUUUUUGUGAGCAGCACAUCAAGUACUGGAAAGUACCGUUACAUUGUAUUGUGUUUCCUUGUUGCCUUUCUUUGCAAUGUGCAGUCUAUCAGAUACUAUGCUCAUGCUAGCUUCUUAGUCACUUUGCCUGCUGGUGAAGGUAGAAAGGAUUAUCUUGGUGCAAUCUUGAAUCGAGGAAGCUUAUUUUGGUCACUCGGAUUGCGAGCUUUCUAUUUCGCAAUUCCUCUCUUCCUUUGGAUCUUUGGACCUCUAUCAAUGUUCUCGAGUUGUUACCUGAUAACAUUUGUUCUUUACUUCUUGGAUUUUACUGGAACUUCUAGCUAUGAUCCUUACGAAUAUGUACAAAAGGAAGAAGCCAACAACAAUGACAUUGAAUCCGUUAGUCAAUCAGGGGGAAUCAAUUUCGUCGCAAAUUCUUGCCUUCAAUCUCCUCUACUUGUUGGUCACCAUAUGACUACCAACUUAAAUACCUCUGCAAAUCAAAACUGAAAUGCAAUUUGCUACAAAGAAAAAUAUACUGUACUUUUCUCAGCUAUUUUUAGCAAUUAUUGAAUUUUGGGUGAGAUUGAAAGCAAAUUUUCAUUUAUAUAUAUAAUCUACAGACAUCGUUUGAAUGUGUGCAAGUGUAAACUUAAAUGAUCAAGUGUUGGGUUGUGGGAUACCCACUAUGUAGGGAUUAUGUUAUCCCUUUAUUCUUUAAAAUGUUAAUUGUUAUGUAAACCAUAGUUAAUAUCAU